AUCUGCCCAGAGCAAGAAGACAACAACAGAGCGCAGAGUUUGGUAAAAUUCAGGCAAAAAAUUAGCUUUUUUUCCAUGUGGACAGGGGGUUUUGGAAGAGAGAGAGAGAGAGAGAGGACUAGAAGUGAUAGACCCUUUUAUCAGCCAAAUCUUUGUUGGUGAUGUACCGCUCUUUGUUGCUCAGAUAUGGAUUUGCCCGAGGCAUAUUAAUCAUACCCACCUCAAAAGGACCCAGUUCUAGUUGGAAAAUUUAGGUGAGCGGUGCGGUGUACAGCACAUGCCUUGAAGCGGUAGAAUUAAUUGUUCCCAUUUUCGAGGACCAAAGUGUUCAUCUUCAUCUUCUUUUUCCUUUUCUGAUGAUCAAAGACCCAUUUGAAUCUGAUUUAUGGGUUUUGAGUUCUUCACUGCAAAGGACAGACAAAUCAGAGCGUUGGACGAGGCCGACAUAAAUCCUUCCUGGAAGUUCCUAUUUCUGUUUUUCAUCUUCACCGGGCUUCUGUGUUUUGGGUCAUAAUGAUGUUGCAACUAACAACUCAGUGAUUACUGGUUAUGGCAUCUGCUUGAUUAUUUGAGGAUAGAAAAUAAUGGAGGAUGUUGCUUUCACCCCUAAUUUCACAAGUGAGAGUCUCUUGGAUUCUGCCAUGGACUUGGACUUGAUGGAUCAACUCUUGUUAGAAGGAUGCUGGUUAGAAACAACAGAUGCCUCCAACUAUCCAUUUCGGGGCAUCUUUCAAGAGGAAGCAGGAAAAGACUUCGCCGAAAGUCCACCCUCAACGUGUCCUAGAAUAGAGGAAAGAUUGGAGAUGGAGCAGAAAAAUAUUAAUCCUUUUGAAGCUACGGCAUCUUCAAGUCAAUCUGAAGGUUUUCAGAUUGAAGGCACCGAAGUUGGGAGACGGUGCUGGAUUGCCCCAACGGCAAACCCGGGUCCCUCUUCCUCCAUGAAGCAGAGAUUGAUGAUGGUUCUCGGGCGUCUGAAAGAAUGCACUAAAGACAAAGAUGUGCUUGUUCAAAUAUGGGUGCCGGUAAAGAAAGGGGGGAGGAACGUGCUUACCACAAUUGACCAGCCAUAUGUCUAUAAUCCUAACAGCAAGAGCCUUGAGAGUUACAGAAAUGUUUCAAAAACAUAUCAGUUCCUGGCCGAUGAGGAGACUAAAGAGUCAGUUGGCUUGCCGGGUCGGGUUUUCUUGGGGAAGCUCCCAGAGUGGACUCCUGAUGUUCGGUUCUUCAGUAGUGAAGAGUAUCCACGUCGUGACUAUGCUCAGCAGUAUGAUGUCCGUGGGUCCCUUGCGCUUCCUGUUUUUGAACGGGGCAGUGGGACUUGCUUGGGUGUUGUUGAGAUCAUAACAACUUCCCAGAAGAUCAACUAUCGUCCAGAACUUGAAACUGUCUGCAAAGCUCUCGAGGCUGUUGAUCUUAGAAGUUCCCAGACCUUCAGACCACCUAGUGCGAAGGCUUGCAAUCAGUCACACCAAGCUGCACUACCGCAGAUCUUAGAGGUUUUGACAUCUGUAUGCAGACAAUACAGACUGCCACUAGCUUUGACUUGGGCUUCUUGUCUCCAGCAAGGUAAAGAAGGACCUCGGCAUUCUAAUGAGAACUAUGAAUUCUGUGUGUCAACCGUCGAUUCUGCUUGUUUUGUGGCCGAUCAACACUACUUGGGGUUUCAGGAAGCAUGUUCAGAGCAUCACCUGUUAAGAGGACAAGGAAUCGUUGGGAGGGCAUUUACAAUAAACCAGCCAUGUUUUGCUGCUGAUAUAACUGCAUUCAGCAGGAAGGAAUACCCUCUGGCUCACCAUGCUAGGAUGUUAGGGUUAUGCUGUGCCACUGCAAUUCCCUUAGCAAGCAUCCACACCGGAUCAGUUGACUUUGUCUUGGAGUUCUUUUUGCCAAGAGAUUGCAGAGAUGCUGAAGAACAAAAGCAGAUGAUUAACUCAUUGUCCAGUUUUGUAUGUCAGACACUCCAGAAUUCCCAAAAGGAACAGAAGGAAACGCUCGUGUCAUCCACAAGAUAUACUGGAGUUAACACUUCAGAUAAAAGAAUUCAGGCUGAAGAAACCGAUAAGUUGCUACCUUCUCUUAACAAACGUCAUCCGCAAGAAGUGUCGUGGAUUGCAAAUAUGGUGGAGGCCCAAAAGAACAGCAAAGGGAUCUCUGUUCCAUUUGAGGUUCAGAAAGAACCCAAAGAAGAAUUUACAGUGACGACCAAAUGGGAAGAAACUGAAAUAGGACUACAGCAUGGACAGUUCCAUCCAGAGUUCCACCGAGUUCAGCAGAACUUAGAAAACAAGCCUAAUGUCGAGGGUGGGGAUACUCUUGGUCAGUUUCCCUCCAUAGGUGGUAGAAAAUCAGGUCAGAGGACUCGUACAAAGACUGAGAAGACAAUCAGCUUGGAUGUCCUCCGGCAAUACUUCGCAGGGAGCCUCAAAGAUGCUGCUAGAAGUAUUGGUGUUUGUCCUACAACCUUGAAAAGGAUAUGCAGACAACAUGGCAUCACUAGAUGGCCUUCUCGAAAGAUCAAGAAGGUAGGCCAUUCUCUAAAGAAGCUUGAGAGCAUUAUAAAUUCGGUCCAAGGUGCUGAGGGUACCAUACGUAUUCGCUCAUUUUAUGAGAGCUUCCCAGAAUUGAACUCUCCAAGACACUCUGAGAAGGGAACUUUUUCAUCAGCUAAUCUGGGUAAUCCUCUGGAGCAAUUAAAUCCUCAGACUGAGAAUGGUUUGUUCAGCUCAGGAGCCACUACCUCGAAUUCUCCAUCUUCCUCAUGCAGCCAGAGCUCUGGUUCUACUACCUCUUUCUCAACCGGGACAAAGCAGUGUUUUACUGCAAUAACUGCUCUGAGCAGCGGUGAUCCAGUCAUGUCCAAUAACCCCUCUGAAGUGCUAAAACGAACACACAGCGAUGCAGAAUUACAUAUUUCCACUCACGAAGAGCCGAAGCCUCUUAUAAGAUCCCAAAGCCACAAAUCAUUGGACGAGUGGGGAAGUCUCGAGAAUGUAGCCACUUUACCGAAAACCAACAACCCCCGCAUAACACGUGAUUUGGGCAUUUAUAGAAUUAAAGCAAUUUUGGGGGAAGAAAAGAUCAGGUUUAGCUUGAAACCCAGUUGGGGACUUAGAGAUUUGCAACGUGAGGUGGCAAAACGUUUCAACAUAGAAGAUAUUGGAACAAUUGAUCUCAAGUACUUGGAUGAUGAUCAAGAAUGGGUUCUUUUGACAUGUGAUGCUGAUCUUGAGGAGUGCAUUGAUGUGUACAGAAUGUCGCGAAACCAUACAAUCCGGAUCUCCAUUCACCAAUCUUCACAUCAAAAUCUAAGAAGUCUUGGUGGUAGCAGUGGUGAGGCUCAGCACCGAGGCCAUAUCCAUUUAUAAGUUUCCAGUGUUCGGGAUCUGAAUAUCCAUCCGGCACCAAAAUUUCUCCUUUGUAGACAGAGCAAGAAGGCAAACCAUCCGUUGGAGGCAGGGACGUCAGACCAGGUUUGAACCCCGGCUAUAGCUAAAAAAAAAAAAAAAAAAUGGAGGAAUAAAGAAAAUUGAUAUCAGGUAUUUCAGUUCAUGGCUUUCUAGGUGUUGCUAGAGAAUUUAGUCGGUGUAAUUACAUGGUAGAUUUGCUUAAUUCCCAGGUGCUAAGCAUGUUUGCUUUGCUUAAAGCUGUUGCUUCCAUUGGACAUGUUGUGUCAUAAUUCAAGUUUCCUUCGGCAAUCAAGAUUAUGGCCCAGUUGAUUGAAGCUAGAUGGCAGUGUACUUUCUCCUUCGUGACUUUUGAGAAUCGACAACUUUCAAGGCGGUCUGAUUUACCGAAUUCUGGGAAAGGAAAAUUAGAAUUACACCCAAACAAGAUUGAUGAACACCAAGUAGUUGACAUUCAGGGUCAAUACAUUUUGGUGACUUCAACAGGUAUCUGUAAAUUGGGGUGACUAAGGUACUAAGGUACAAGUAAUGGAAUGUUUACAUCAGCUACUACAUAGCCACAGAUCUAUUACCCUCCUAAGUCCUCCAAGAAGGUACUGUCAACUGAACUCAUCAUUUGGUGGAACAUACAUCAGAUGCCAAGAUCAAAUUCCAUGUAAACUCGAAUGAGAGUUUGGAAUUAACAAUGCACGUCCAACAUGAGAAAAAGGAGAAGAUGCAGCUUGAAAAAUCCAUCUGAAUCUUUGACAGCAGAUCGUCUCGUAAAUCUCAGAUGGAGCAAUCUCUCACGAUAUCCUGGAAGAUGGAGUUAAGAUUUUUUAAAUUUGGAAACUAUAUAAAUGUGACAAUAUUUGAACAAUCAAAGAUUAAUGAAGAUCAAA